CGAAAUUCUUGCAAUAUUUUGAUAGUUUGGUUAAUUGUUCAGAUCGAUAGCUUAGCAUAAAGUUCGAUGAGAUAUAAUAAAGUAUUGAGCAUCAAGUAUUCCACCGGUAUUUAAUAGCGAUAGUAACAUUUUUUUAACGAACUUCUGCGCCCGAUAGCUGCGUUAUGUCUCACGGUGACACCUGCUGACAACAUGCCUUCAUAGACGUCUUUUAGAGUAUUGACUGGAGUCGAUAGAUAGAUCUAGAAUCAGCUGAGAUUUUUGACUCUAGUCACUAGGUACUCGAUAGCCCGUAGUCGGUACUGUGUUGUAUAUUGUGUUGCACCUGCACAGAAAGGCAAUGAAUUUUUUAGCAAUAUGUAUAUAUUUGAAUCUGUUUAUUGUAUCCUUUGCUCGUAUAAGAGAUCCAUAUAGUAUUCUUGGAGUGGAUAAACAUGCAACAACAAAAGAAAUCAAGAACGCAUACAAGCAACUUGUCAAAGAAUGGCACCCGGAUAAGAAUCCAUCUCCUGAGGCCCAAUCCAAGUUCAUUGAGAUCAGUGAGGCCCAUAAGCUCCUUUCUGAUCCUGAAAGACGUAGCCUCUAUGACAAGACUGGACAAACGGACGACCAACCAAAUUUCCGCAAUCAUGAUGAGUUUUCAGCUUUCCACAACCAAGACCCGUUUGCCAGCUUCUUUGGAGGAGGAGCUCACCAUGGCUUCAGAUUCAAAUUUGCUGAAACUAUGAAAAUAUAUCAUGAGCAGAGCAUCAAUUUCAAAACUUAUGAAAAUGUCAUCAGCGGCCGUAGCCGCCAGCAGCCAUACCUGCUGUUAUUUUACUCAGAUUUCUGUAUGGCUUGCUCCCACAUCGAACCCAUCUGGCAGAAACUUGUUGAGGAGUUGCAACCAAUAAACUUUGGGAUUGCUACUGUGCAUGCAGGAAGAGAGGCUGAGCUUGCACGCAAGAUAGGCGUGACCACCGUGCCUUACCUCAUAAUGCUUAUGGAUGCUCACCCCUACCACUACAGGGAGCCUUCACUCUCCAUGGCUUCAUCUCUUGAAUUCAUCCGAGGGCGUUUUUCACAGAAGCUUGUACAGCGUUUGGAUGACUCCAACAUUGAUGCUUUUCUUGGGGGCUGGAUGGACAACAGGGUGCGUGUGGUAAUAUUCGGGCAUUUGGAUGUGAUACGUCUGCGCUACCUAACUGUGGCCUGGGAGUUCCGCCAGAGAGCUCUCAUUGGGUACGUGCAAAUAGGUCUGCGGUCAACGGAGGCCGUGGUGUCACGGUACGCAGUGUCCACCAAGGUGGACACCCUCCUGGUGUUCCGGGAGGACGCGUCCACCCCCGCCGCGUCGGUGGCCAUGGCCGACCUGCCCUACGCCACCAUGCGGGACGUCAUCUCGACGCACCAGUUCCUCAUGUUGCCGCGACUGUCUUCACAGUCUGUAUUCGAGGGGCUGUGCCCGGUCUCGGUCUCGCGGACUCGACGCCACUUCUGCGCGGUGUUAUUCACGGAGAACUCGGCGCGGGACGACGAGGCUCGCGCUGCGCUGCGUCAGUACGCGCUCGAGCGUCAGCCGUCGCACGCCACGCACGACUCGCGACGCCCCGACCACCACAGCCAGCGCGCCGACACGCGGUACAGACACCUCGUCAACUACGCCUACAUCUUCCAGGAAAAACAGGCGCAUUUCGUCAACGCGCUCGUUGGUGUGUCGGCCUCGCCUUCUGAAGUUCACCAGCACGUGGCCAUCCUGUGGCGUUCAGACAGUCGUCGUAUCAAGUUCACGUGGGUGCCUAAAAGCUGGCAACCUGAUGACGACAGCGACAAUGUACACUCGUCACCAGAACACGCUUACUUGCGCUACAAUACGUCGAGUUCUGUGUUAACUGCGUCGAUUGAACGUCUCUUGACGACCGACGCUGCGUUGCCGUACGAGACAGAACUCCAGGAGCUGUUCGACGAACACGCCAACGGUAUUUUGUGGCGCAUCCUGACGCGGCUCUCACACUGGCAUGAGGCGCUCUGGCAGAGUCUCAGUAAAGACGACCUCUACGUUGUGUUCUCUAUGAUGGCGACGGUUGUUCUCAUCGUUGGUAUUGGCUUCCUCAUGCACUAUAAAGUAAAGAAAGAAGAGGAAUACCUCGCCUCCAAAGGGGUUGACCUUAACCCCAGCAGCAGCAACUGUGCUUCAAAAUCGCCCCAGUUACCCAUCCAUGAGCUGCGAGGGGAGACUUAUAAUGGCAUGGUACGUCUACUGAAGCCAGGAUGUCGCACGAUUGUCCUUCUCUGCGAUUCUCACACCAAACCUAAGCUCAUGCCGAUGUUCUACAAGAGCUGCUGGCCCUACAGGAGGAACAAGACGCUCAUGUUCGGUUUUAUGAACAUGGAGCGACACUCUGCCAUGGAAUGGUACAAAAGAAUCUUGUUGCUGGGUUUGCCUGAACCUCGAGACCUGAAAAUAAACCCCAAGAAUACCAUCGGCACCGUCAUCGCGCUCAACGGCCACAGGAAAUACUACUGUCUCUACCACGCCAAGCAUCCUGAGGAUACACGCAAGACGGACUACUUAUACGCUGAAGGAGAUGGCCAACUUCGUAGACGCCGCCAGGAUAGCGACAGCGAAUCGGAGACAUCGGGAAGCGACGUCGAAGUCGGCAACAAGAAAAAGGACGCAAUGGGCACAAACAAGCCCCUGCUGAACUACUACAGUUCGGUGCUGUUCGAGGAGCAGUUGCUGGAAGGCUUCAGCAAUUGGCUGGACCGCCUGUUCGAAGGCUCGACGCACCGCUACGCCAUCAACUAUUGGCCGGACUGGCCUGGCAAGUAAUGAGCUCAAGUCAUGGUCAUUUAUUCCUCAAUCUCUGGAUAUGGAAAAUAUUAUUGAAGAAGUGCUAAUGAAAGACAAUUUGGCUAUGAUUUUAUUGUUAUCAGCUGAUACUGACAUGAAGGCUGAGUGAAGACGUGACGCUGAGUGAAGAAGUGAAUGAACCGGGCAAGAAUAUGAUGUAACGAAGUUAUCUGUUAUGUUCAUCUAUUUAGCUAUCUCUGGGUAAUGAUAAUGUAAUUGUUAUCAGUUGAUUCACAAUUUGACAAUUAAUGGAUGUAGAUAAUAUCUGUCGUCGUGGCAAGCAUUGCGAGAGACGUUGAUAAAAUCGGCAAGUAAAGUGCCAUAGUUAAUCGUUUGAGACCAAAGUUAUAGAAUAGAAGUGUCGGCGUUGAAGAAAUUGGCCCAUGGCCUGUU